AUGUCUUCUCGACUCGAUCUACUUGACCUUCGCUCUGGUGGCUCCGACUCCGCCAGAGGAAGCCCAACCCCUCGCAUGCCGUCGCCGCGCAUUCAGCACUUCGACGGCGAAAUACCUCCCACCCUCUCUCCGCUCGAUGCAUUCGCAAUGCAAGGUCGUCUACUGGCGAGACAACUGGACGAAUCUAUGAGGCGGGAUAGGCGAAUGAGCAGAUUACCUCCUCAGAGUGUAGCACGAUCUUUGUCGCAGCCUCGACCUGAUCGCGCAGAGCAGCUCGAGCCAGACCCGAGCGCACAUCAUGCUUUCGAGGAAGACAAAAUUAGGCUCAUCGCAGCACCCCGGAUAGCGGUAUCGAUGCUACACAGCGAGAGCGUGAUCUGA